CAGGAUGUUUAUAGUUUUGUUUAAGCCUACGAAGAUUUGACUGUUGUUUAUUUCCAGCAUUCAUCUUCUUCUUCCCAUAAUAUCCCAAACAGUUUCUUUAUUCUUUUUAUCUAAACCUUAUCCAAAACCAGAACAGAUGACCAGGAAUGCAACUGAAAAAAGAAAGAGGAGGAGAAAAAUGGAAAACACAAAAUGGGAACAAAUACUCCAAGCUCUAACCCACAUCCUGACAACCCCAACAACCCAACCCUCUAUUCAUUCUCAAUUCUUCAUUUCCACACAAAUCCCCUGUUACCUCAACUGGGACUACCCCCCAGUCUUCUGCCCUAAAUCUGUGGAGCUGAGAUGGGCAGUGUCUCUGUUUUUCAAAAGGGUUUCUAGAUUUGGACUUCCACAAACUUCUUGGAGAUCAAAGUGCCCUUAUUUCCAGCCUCCUCCUCUUGUGCUGGCCAAAGGAGUGGAAGAAGCCAAGUGGGGUGAUGAGCAGAAGAUGAGAGAUUAUGUGAGGGGAAGAUUCAGAAGGAAACGCUUGGUUAGUGAUGUUAAUCCUCUAAUUCCUAUUCUGCUUCCUAAUCUUCUUUUAUUUUCUCUUCUUCUGUGGAAUCCAUUUCCUGAUCCAUAAGUUAAUUUCUCAAUGUUUACUCUGUCCGCCAUUAUCUUUUUUCUGGUUUCAGCAUAAUCUUGAGGAAAUCUUGAAGGUGUUUACAAGUUUGAUAAUCUCAAAAAUAUGUACUUAGAAGUACAUAUCAAUUGCACUUUA